UUAGCAUAGCUGAGAAAGAAAGGCGAGUGAGAUUUGGCGUUUGUGAGUGAGGUCUAGAAAAUGGUUACUGGUGAUCCAACCAGAUAGUUAUGCCAUGAGUGAAAAAGGACGUUGUCUUUAUCGUUGCUUUUGUUUCGACUCUGGGCACACAAAUCAAUAAAAAGAAGAACAAAAUAUCAAACCGAAUCCCAUUACCCAUUACCCAUUACAUUGCACUGUCACUCAGCUCAAUCAUCAUGAACUGUCUUCACAAUCUUCCUCGAUUCUCCGUUUUGCCCUUCGAAUCAGUUCUUACGCGCCACCACAAGAAUCUUCGUCUUUCACUGGGAAUCGUUAAUAAUUCUCAUCAAAAUCGUAGUAUGGCGAUCAGGGCUGCUUCAGGUUCUAUACCGAGUGCAGACACAAGUAGUGCCGAUAAGGAGGAGGAAAAGUCUGAGACAUAUAGUCAUAACAUGACAGAAGCCAUGGGUGCUGUUUUGACUUAUAGGCAUGAAUUAGGAAUGAACUACAACUUCAUCCGUCCAGACUUGAUUGUGGGCUCAUGCCUACAGACUCCUGAAGAUGUUGACAAGUUGCAUAGAAUUGGAGUAAAAACUAUAUUUUGCUUACAACAAGAUCCAGACCUUGAAUAUUUUGGAGUUGACAUUAAUGCCAUACGAGAAUAUGCCAAAACGUUCAAUGACAUACAACACUUGCGUGCUGAGAUAAGGGACUUUGAUGCAUUUGAUCUAAGGAUGCGACUUCCAGCUGUAGUUAGCAAAUUAUACAAGGCAAUAAAUUCCAACGGUGGUGUAACAUAUAUACAUUGCACUGCUGGACUUGGAAGAGCUCCAGCUGUUGCGUUGGCUUAUAUGUUUUGGGUUCUGGGUUAUAAACUCAAUGAGGCUCAUACACUACUCCAGAGCAAAAGGUCAUGCUUUCCGAAACUGGAUGCCAUCAAGAGUGCAACUGCUGAUAUUCUUACAGGCCUCAGUAAGAAGCCUGUCACUUUGGCAUGGGAAGACAGCAAUUGCUCUACGGUGGAAAUUUCAGGACUUGAUAUUGGAUGGGGGCAGAGAAUACCCCUAAAGUUUGAUGACAAAGAAGGUUCGUGGUUUCUCAAGAAGGAAUUGCCUGAAGGACUCUACGAAUACAAGUACAUUGUUGAUGGGGAAUGGACUUGCAAUAAAGAUGAGCUUGUAACCUCUCCCAACAAAGAUGGCCAUGUCAACAAUUUUAUUCAAGUCCUUGACGACAGCAGCAGUGUUCGUGCCUCCCUUCGUGAGAGAUUGACUAGUGAUGAUCCUGAUCUCACAAAGGAUGAACGACUGAGAAUAAAGGAGUUUCUUGAAGCUUGUCCUGAUGAGGAUCAGUGAACCAUCAAUUUACGUGGUUCUUGAUACUUGGUUGAUACUAUGUAUAGUAAUAGAUGCACGCAUACACGUUAUCUAAUAAAAGGUUGAUAAUAAACCUUAGAUAAGAUCUCUGUUGCAGUUAUAUUGCUGGGUUGCUGCAGUUUAUCGAGUUUCAUAGCAAUCAAAAUGUCUUUUAGCAUUAUUUAAAUAGCACCAUGACUUUCAAUGUACUAUAAAAUUGAAUGCGACUUUUAUAAGAUGGGUUUUACAUUUAUAACCA